UGUGACGGGAGAAAUUUCAGUCGAUGUGACGUCGGUGUAGGGGACAUGUGCUGUGUAUCUUUUCUGAGGAAUUAAUUCAAUGUGAUUAAAAAUGACUGACAACAUUAUUGGAGACUGGUUGAAGUCCAUUAGCUUGGAAAUAUACACAGAGGCAUUCAUUGACAAUGGUUAUGAUGAGCUGGAAGUGUGCAAACAAAUCGGAAGGCCUGAUUUGGAUGCUAUAGGGGUAACAAAUGAUAUCCACCGACAAAUAAUUCUUCAGGCAGUGACAAAAAUCAAAGAGGAGGGGGCGACGUCUGUGUAUUUUACCCUAGAGACUUCGGAUGUAGCUGUCAUCGAACCAAAUCUUUCUGAGAAGCAGGGGCCCCCAAGCCGCCGUAACUCAACCAAUGUUGAGACUCAGAGGACCCCCUCCCGGAUGUCUUGUGUGGGGGGAGGGGUCGGACAGGAGGAGAUGGUGACAAUAUACCCCCGGGCACAGUUGAGAAUGAUUGUUAGGGAUAAAUUAGUACAGGAUAAUAUAGACUUAUUGAGUCCACCAUAUACUCGCAGAGACUGGACGCCGUGCCACUCUAGUAUGAUGACCUUGGCUGCUAAGUACGCCAUACAGCUGAGGACGCGGUCAUCUGACGUCGUGGAGAGGUUAGAAGAACUAAGACAAUGGGUGCUUCAGAAGGAUCUCCAGACACAUUACACGACGGCUCCCAUCUCACCUGUGUCUUGUUCAUCAGGGACCCCCAGUCCAGGGUGUCCAAACUUCCCCUCCCUUCACACCCCCCUGCAGGCCAGCAUCCCCCCAGCUCUCCCUGAAUGUCCCCCUCCUGCCACAAGCCAUUUAGAUGGGGACCGACUGGGAAAACUCCACACCUUCCAUACCAGGCAAGACACCAAUCUGUACCAGUCUAACUACAUGACUAUUGGUUCUGGUUUUUGUUGUAUACCAUUAACAUCCAUUAGAGAAGGGCAAGAUGGAGACAAGACCAAGAAAACAUCUUCACUUGGGAGAUUUUUUAGGAAUAUGGGCAUCAGGAGGUCGGGGAAGAAAACCCAGUAUAAACCUCAUGAUGGAGAUUUGUGUGCUACAGAUAUGACCAUGAGUGAUGAAGAUAGAAAGGCUUUAAUGAUCAUGGUUAAAGAUGGCACCUUGACAACAGAGCAAGCCAUGGCCAUGGUAAAACAGUACGAAGAGGAGAGGCGCCGAGAAUGGCAACAACAGCAACAGCAGGGAAACCAUAAAGGGGCCCAAAAGAAGAAAAAGCAAGGAGGCAAACCUGUUAAAUCACCCUCGGCAACUUACCAUGAUAUUGUCACCAGAUGUCAGGUUUGCCAGCGAUUCCUGUCCAAUGAUCCGACUAAAACCUCUCCGAAUUUCUGCAAUGAUCCUAGUCAUCGUUUUGAGUGUUACCAACACCGACGAGUUCACAGCGUCAGUCACAUCGAGUUCACUCCCUCCACGAAAUCUCCCGAGGCAGCUCGUGCCAUGUCCUGUACCCCAACUCGAGGGUUCUACGGCCCGUCAGAUGUUCACUCUCCCGUGACGUUCUAUUCUCCUGGUCACCCACGUCUGUAUUCACCGGUCUUUCCUCAUGACGGUAAAAUGUACCACACAGGAAGUCUGUGUUAUGGUCAGCAUGGGAACUUUUACCAUGGUAAUGGUCACCAUAGCUCCUUCCAUGAAUCUCCAUCAGCCAUGUCUAAUUUUUCCAUGGAGUCGGAGCAUUCCAUGGAGUGCCAGACUCAUGUCCUGACACCUGGUGAAUUGGCAGCCACAAGGGGAGACAACUGGAAUUACAGCACCUACUCCAGUGCCAUGUCAACAGGGUCAGACAGUUCACCAGCCAUUGGAUGGAGGAAAAACUCAGAGGGAGGAGAUCCAAUCAAAAUGCAAAAGGUGCGUAACCAGUCAGGGACCAAUAAAUCGGUGAGCUCCGUCGAAAGUUCACAGAGUGGAGGAUCUGGAAAUAUGUCCACACACAGUGCUAGUCCAGGAAGCGGGAAAAGUGGAUCGUCAAUGGAGGCCGAAGGAAUGGCUGGUAACCUUGACAACACCUCCUCCUCCCUAGUUCGGGUCCAUACAGAUUACACCCCGUCCAAAACAGAAGUGGACAUGCUGCAUAUCAAGAAAGGAGACAUUAUCUGGGUGGCCACUAAGACAGCGGGGAGCCUGUGGAAGGGGGUACUGAGUGGGAGGACGGGCUGGUUCAGACCCUCGUACACUGAGGCCUGUAGUCAUAGUGUCACCGAGGGUAACCAGAGAAGGACCCCCAAUCCCCGCCGGACACCCAGGAAAGCCAAACCCAGGACUGUGGAGGAGCUGCUGUAUAGACUAGGAUUAGAGAGUCUAGAAAAAGUCUUUCUUGAAAAUGGUUUUGAGCACCUGGAAAGUUUUGCAGACUUAAAUGAGAGUGACCUUGAUGCACUUGGCAUCAGAGACCCCCAGCAGAGGGCGAAACUUUUAACAGCAGCUGAACUGCUAUGUAGUGCUGAAG